GCCGCUCCCCGGGCGCGCAGCGAGCGGCUCCGUCCUGCCGGGCCGGCGGCUCCGGCAUGGCUUUCGCCAAUUUCCGCCGCAUCCUGCGCCUCUCCGCCUUCGAGAAGCGCCGCUCCAAGGAAUACGAGCACGUCCGCCGCGACCUGGACCCCGGCGAGGUGUGGGAGGUGGUGGGCGAGCUGGGAGAUGGAGCCUUCGGCAAAGUCUACAAGGCCAAGAACAAGGAAACAGGAGCUCUGGCGGCUGCCAAGGUCAUCGAGACCAAGAGUGAGGAUGAGCUGGAGGAUUACAUGGUGGAGAUUGAGAUCCUGGCCACCUGUGACCACCCCCACAUCGUCAAACUGCUGGGAGCCUUCUACUGGGACGGCAAACUCUGGAUCAUGUUUUAG